AUGGCGUCGCAGGGAGCUUCGGCGAAGAGACAGCAGGAUCUCCAGCUUCAGUACACCAACUACAAGAAUACGCUGCAGCAGAUUGCGCAAAAAAUUGGCGACGUGGAACAAGAAGCCGAAGAGCACAAACUCGUUCUUGAUACCUUGGGCCCGCUCCCGGACGACCGCAAGGCGUUCCGGAUGAUUAACGGCGUUCUUGUGGAGAGGACCGUCAAGGAUGUGGUCCCCGCGCUCAAGACCAACGCCGAGGGUCUGAAGAAGGUGCUUGACGACCUGGUCAAGCAGUACAAGUCGAAACAGGACGAUCUGGAGAAGUGGAAGAAAAAGAACAAUAUCCAAGUCGUUCAGUCUUGA